GCGGCACCAAAGAUUUCCACAGCUGACAGAAUGAGAUGGUCAUGGACGCUCAUGUUUUUGAUGCUUUGGGUACAUUCGGUAGCGGCAUCCACUGCGACCAUGGCUCUCCAAAGCAUGGUGGCAGGAGCACAGACGUUGGUGGAUGUAGCAUUGACCACCACCGUCGCAAUUCCAGUGGGCGGCUCCAUUCGAGUCACGUUCCCGUCGGGGUUUAUGGUCACCCCCACGGCCAUCACUUCGCCUGUGGGCCUCGACGCCGCAAGUUCGCUCUCGAUGCUUGGCACCGUGCCCAAGAUUACCAUUGCCGCCACGGCCGUUGCGGCUGGCACAGUGUCGUUUACACUCAACGGGGUAUUCAACCCAGGUGUUGGCGCGACGUCACCUUUCGACGUGUCCACGUACAACGCAACUGGGUUUCUCUUGGAAUCUGCGACAGUCCCGGCCAAAGUCAUAACAGCCAACGAUGCCCUCAUUGCGUCAGUUUCUAGCAAUUCCACGGCCGGCGCGAAUCGACCUUGGCAAGUCACUGUGACAAGUGCAGUGACGUUGCCUGCGGGGUCGAUUAUGCGAGUGACCUUUCCGGCUCGAUAUGUGGUCCAAUCGGUGGGGGUGCUGGACACAACUGGGUUUGGCGCGACCACGUACUCGUCGUGGACAAGUGGCAACGAUGUCAAUUUGGGCGUGGCGACGUUUCCACUGGUGCCAGGGACGUACAAGUACACCCUGCAGGGCAUUACAAACCCCGGCUCAUCGUGCAACCAAUUCUACGACGAAGCGUGUGUGACAGCGUGGGAAAACCUCGUCGUGUCCACACUGGACGUCAACGGCAACACGUUUCAGUCCAUGUCCGUACCUGCAACGCCCAUCAUCAAGUCGAAUCUGCGGUUUGCACGAGUCCGAACCGCCCUCACAACGCCCAACACGGUCACGUCAGCAUAUGUGUUGUUCAACACGAUGACUGUGAUCCCCGUCGGGGGGCACAUCGUUGUGACAUUUCCAACGGGAUUUACGCUAAGUCCUGCGGGCACUGUCAUGUUCAACAACGGCAUCAACAGCAUGAGCACAGCGACGAUCUCUGGGUUAACCGUGCAGGUCACGGUCGCAUCUUCGUCCGUGGCGAUUCAAAACGGCGUAAAAUUCACCCUCAGUGGGGUCACCACGCCACCGCUGCACACCUCUGGAUCGUAUCAAGUGCAAACCACCGACAGCCUCAACAACGUGCUCGAAGAAAGUGCCAACAUUGGUGGCGUGGGCUGCCGUUUCUUGAACGACUGCAGCGGCCAUGGGGACUGCACCCUCAUGAGCAGCACGUGUACUUGCCACCCUGGCUUUGGUGCCUCGUCUGACGUGGCCGAGUACAAAGCCCCCGAUUGCUCCGUUCGUACAUGUCCGUCCGACCUGGCGUGGUCCGAUAUCCCGAGUUCUGCAUCCCUGGCGCAUCAAACGGUGCUUGAAUGCUCUGGGCGCGGUCUGUGUAAUCGCACGUCGGGAACCUGCCUCUGCGUUCCUGGAUACGAAGGCAACGCGUGUCAACGAACGUCUUGUCCUAACAAUUGCUCGGGGCACGGUCGCUGCUUGAGUGUCAGCGACUGGUCCGCCAGUACCUCGGCCCUCCCCCUGUCCACUCCAACCACCUACUCGCAAUGGGACGCCAAUCGCAUCUACGGGUGUGUAUGUGACUCAUCAUGGCCAGUUGGCCUCGGCGCAGGCGACACGCGAGUGGCCGAGUGGUUUGGAGCAGAUUGUUCCUUGCGUACACAAUCCCCAUCUGAUGUUUUCAAUUGCCCACAGACAUAAACCUGUUAGGCCAUUGUCCAAGUGGAGACGACCCGCUGACCCCCCAAGAUGAGACCGACUGCAGUGGCGUGCCAGCACCUGGGGGGGUGGGUGUCGGGGCUGCGGGCAACAAGUGUUUUGUCGAGUGUUCGAAUCGAGGGGUGUGCUUUUUUCAAGUUGGACGAUGCCGCUGUGCCUCUGGCUUCUCUGGUUCAGCCUGCCACAAGCAAAAUGUCUUGUCGGAAAACAAGCCCUUGUCGAUUGUCGAGGUGGUGUUAGGUGGUUGGUAGAAAUAGUUGGUGUUAUACAGUAUGUACAGUAUGCCCAGAUUCUAUGGCGAGGGCAACCCCAUAAGAUUCAUGAACCGAGCUGUAAAGCAAUAUCUAAUAACGUUAGCGGUGCAAUUCCCACGAUGGA